CAUGCAAAACAUUACUGCUUAUAUAUAAACAUAUAAUGGGUUCGUCUCUAUGGUAGCGAUGGGAGGCUGUAAAAUGAUCGUUCGUUUGAUCUUGAUGGGGUGUUUGCUGGUUAAUAAUGGAGUUGAUGGAGCGAACAAGAAGGUGGACGUUGGAGCUUCGUUUAUAUUUGGCGAUUCACUGGUUGAUGCGGGAAAUAAUAACUAUUUAUCGACCUUGUCCAAAGCUAAUCUUCGUCCCAAUGGCAUUGAUUAUAUUCCUUCUGGAGGCAACCCCACUGGCCGCUUUACCAAUGGUCGAACCAUCGGCGACAUCGUCGGUGAGGAGUUAGGAAUUCCAAACCAUGCAGUGCCAUUUCUUGACCCAAACGCCACCGGUAAAUCAAUAUUGUACGGCGUUAACUAUGCAUCCGGCGGUGGCGGAAUUCUCAAUGCAACCGGAAGGAUCUUCGUAAACAGGCUAGGAAUGGACGUUCAAGUCGAUUUCUUCAACAUUACAAGAAAACAGUUCGAUAAAAUCUUGGGUCCAUCAAAAGCAAGAGAUUACAUAUCCAAAAAGUCCAUAAUUUCCAUCACAAUCGGAGCCAACGAUUUCUUGAACAAUUAUCUCCUUCCGGUGCUCUCCAUCGGCGCCAGAAUCUCCCAAAGCCCCGACUCCUUCAUCGAUAACAUGAUCGCUCAUCUCAAGAACCAGCUCACUAGACUUUACCAAAUGGAUGCUCGAAAGUUCGUGGUGGGGAAUGUCGGGCCCAUCGGAUGCAUACCCUAUCAGAAGACCAUCAACCAGUUGAACGAAGACCAAUGCGUUGAUUUGGCCAACAAAUUGGCACUUCAAUACAACGCCAAGUUGAAGGAUUUGCUUGCCGAUCUCAACAAAAAACUCCCUGCCUCCACUUUUGUGUAUGCCAAUGUCUAUGAUCUUGUCAUGGACCUCAUCGUCAACUAUGACAAUUAUGGGUUCAAGACGGCUAGUAGAGCGUGUUGUGGGAAUGGAGGGCAGUUUGCAGGUAUAAUACCAUGCGGGCCUCAAUCAAGCUUGUGCACAGAGCGAUCAAGGCAUGUGUUUUGGGAUCCUUACCAUCCCAGUGAAGCUGCCAAUCUCAUUAUUGCCAAGAAAUUGCUGGAUGGCGACCAUAAAUACAUCUUCCCUCUUAAUCUUAGACAGCUUCGCGACCUCUAAUAGUCAUAAUCAGCAACAACAAAGCUCCAAUUUUAGGUUUUGUAUGGAUAAUAUAUCGUUUAUAACAUGCUUUGGAUUGCCUUUACACUGUUUGAUAAUAUGCCCCAAUCUUCCUUUUUCUUUACAUUCUUUUGCUUGGAUUGUCAUCUUCUUUCAGUAUUAUCUCCCAUAAAUUCCAUUGAGAUGAUACCAUUUAAGUAACCAGAAAGAAAAAAACAAAAUAAUAUGUGAGAUUCAAUGUCGGAUGCGAGGAGAACUAAACAUUACCUCUAAAGGGAGAACCGAAAGUAAAAUAUUUGUUAGCGAUGGACUUGAGCUAUUAUAAAUGGUAUCAGAGCCUAUCACUGAGGUAUGUGCUAGUGAGGAGGCUGAGCCUUGAAAGGAGUGAAUAUGAGGCGAUGUACCAAUAAGGACGUUGGACCCCGAAUGCGGUGGAUUGGAGGAGUCCCACAUCAAAUUAGAGAAAGG